AUGACAUCAGAUUGCAAGUUUGAGAGACAUACUAUCAAAACAUCAAGUAACUGUUCUUUUGUUUUACAGAAAUGUAUCUGCAUUCUUUUGAUCUUGUUAUUCCACAAGAUGCCAAGCUACCUGUGCACAGAAUAUGAAUACAAAGUACAAGAGAAUGAGGAUGAAGGAGUAUUCAUUGGAAAUAUAGCUAAUGAUAUAGUUUUAGCAAUGAAUACAGAAUGUGAUUCACUGGAAUAUAAGUUCAUGAAGGAAAUGGAAUAUGUCAUGCUGAAGAAUGGGAGUGGGGAGCUGUAUACAACAAAACAGAGAAUCGACAGGGAAGCAUUAUGCCCUGUUGAGUUCCAUGGUACUCCUUGUACCCAAGAAGUUAAUGUAAUUAUACUAUGUGCCAACCAAUAUCUGCAAAUGGUGAAGGUUAAGAUAGUCAUUUUGGAUGUCAAUGAUAAUGCACCACAUUUUGAAGAAGACAUAAUGGAGCUCUCUAUUCCAGAGGAUGCAGCUAUAGGCUCAUCAUUCGGAAUAGAUUACUUUGCCACUGACAAAGAUGCUGGGAUAAAUGGCAUUCAAAAUUAUUACCUUGAAAGCAGCCAAAAUGUAUUUGGUUUGAAAGAUGGUGAAGGACCAUCCAUUGUUGUUCUGCAGCCACUAGAUAGGGAGAUAAAGAAUCUGUAUGAGUUGAAACUUAUGGCAGUAGAUGGCGGCACUCCUCCCUUAUCUGGAUCGGCCACACUUCUGAUCAACAUCCAAGACAUCAAUGACAACUGCCCUGUUUUUAAUGCAUCAGAGUUUGUAGUUCAGGUGCCUGAAAAUAUGUCUUCUAACAGCAUGGUGACACAGCUUCAUGCCGUUGAUGCAGAUUUAGGACCCAAUGCUGAAAUCACCUAUUCCUAUGGCAACCGUGUGCAGGAUACAUCCAAGAAACUAUUUAACUUGGACAGUGCCACUGGAAUUAUCACAUUUUCUGGAAAUAAAAGCCCAGAGAAGCACCCUGAACAUAAACUCACUAUCUUAGCCAAUGGUCCAGGAUGUGCCCCAGCCAUCGUUCAGAUUACAGUGAUCAUCAUUCAUGGUAGCAAGUAUAAUCCAAAGGUGGAAAUCAGCUACAUCGCUAACCAGGCAAAUGGUGUGAUUUUCUUAAAGGAAACAGCACCUGAAAACACACCAAUUGCUCUGCUGGAGGUAACUGACCCUGACCAUUAUCUAAAAGGUUCACUCUACAUCAUUGGCAAUGUUCCUUUCUAUCUAAAACCAUAUGAGAGGUCAGGAAAUAAACACUUGGUUGUCACUUCCGAGCAGUUAGAUUAUGAGCUUGAGAACCAGUAUGAAAUCAUUGUUAAGGCUGAAGAUCCCCGAAACAUUCAUCAGCUAGCAAUCCAUGUUCAGAUUACUGAUGAAAAUGACAACUCUCCACAAUUUCAUCAAAGUUCAUUUGAAACCUCGAUUGAAGAAAACAAUGUACCAGGAGCUUUAUUGCUGAAGGUUUUUGCAACUGAUGCAGACAGUGGCCAAAAUGGAAAAGUUGCUUACCUGCUGGGAUCUGAUGCUCCAAACAUCUUUUCAAUUGAACAGUUUACUGGGAUUUUAACUGUGUCCACUUCUUUGGAUAGAGAGAAACAGGAAUUGUAUACAUUUACUAUUUCGGCUAUUGAUCACGGAACCCCUCCGAGAAGGAAGAGUACAAUUGUAAUCAUUCACAUUUUAGACCAAAAUGAUAAUGUACCCUCUUUCCUCACUAAUGACUAUACUUUCUUUAUACCAGAAAACUUCCCGAAAAAUGGAGAAAUUGGAAUUAUCAAUGUAACAGAUUUGGAUGCAGGUCUUAAUGGUCAUGUUACUGUAUCUAUCCUGAAUGGGAGUAAUAAUUUUUUAAUGCACAACAGCAGAGGAACUUUACACUGUAAUUCUUCAGUGGACAGAGAAAAAAAUACCAUGCAUGUGUUCUGGAUUGAGGCCAUUGACAGUGGACAACCAUCCCUCUCUGCAACAGCAAAAAUAACAGUGUUUGUCCUGGAUAUAAAUGAUAAUCCUCCCGUUGUAUUACUUCCUCAAUCCAAUGCAUCCUGGCUUCUUGUGCCCCCUAACACACCCCAAGGAGCCUCUGUGGCUGAGAUUUAUGCUGUUGACUAUGACGCUGGUAUUAAUGCUGUCAUGACAUAUAAUAUCAUUGGAAGAAAUGGCCCAGCCCCUCACAUAUUUGGAAUUAAUACAGCUACAGGAAAUAUUACAUUGCAGGAAAAAUUAUUGCAUAAAGACUAUGGCUUAUAUCAACUACUGGUUAAAGUCAGUGACCUUGGACAACCGCAACCACUCUAUUCCACGAUAAUGGUCAAUUUGUUUGUCAAUGAGACCGUGAGCAACAAAAGUUACUUGGAGGCUUUGUUACACAGCCAAGCUGUUUUCACAGAAGAGAAACAGUCAGAACCAAAUCCAUGCCCCUUAUUGCAGACAUUGGACUUUCCCUGUUCACCUCCUGUUAUUCCUAUUGCAGUCGCAAUGAUCGUUGUCUCUGUUAUUUUCCUUACAAUUGCUCUUUAUAUGCUUCUGAGCAUAAGAAAGAAAAGCAAAAGAAAAGAACUUUACAAAGAUGCCCAAAUACCAUUAAAAAUAAACCUUGAUUACUAUACAAAAGACUGGAACGAUGCACAAUUAUAA